AUGGUUCCUGUAUCUGCAACUCACAUGUUAUCUACCAUCUUUUUCUUCUUGUGUUCUGUCCUGUAUUGCUCUGCUAGAGAUACCAUCACACCGGAGAACUGGCUUAGUAAUGAUGGAGAAACUCUUGUUUCUGCAGGCAAAACUUUUGAACUUGGCUUCUUUAAUCCAGAUGGAAGCUCCAAGAUUGGAAGAUUCGUGGGCAUAUGGUAUUACAUGUCGAAACCACAAAGAGUUGUAUGGGUGGCCAACCGAAAGAACCCCCUUUCCCUUUCUGACACCCCCUCUGGAGUUUUUGCCAUUAAAGAAGAUGGUGAGCUCAAGGUAUUGGAUGCAAAUGGGACAGUUCACUGGUCUUCUGAUAUUGAAACAUCUUCUUCAUCUACAGGGAGGGUGGUGAAGCUCAUGGACUCUGGGAACCUUGUUUUGAGUGACAACAGAUCAGGGGUGAUUCUUUGGGAGAGCUUCCAUAAUCCUACAGAUACUUUUCUUCCUGGGAUGAAGAUGGAUGAAAACUUAACAUUGACUUCAUGGCUGAGUUCUGUUGACCCGACACCUGGAAACUUUACUGUCAAGCUAGAUCAAGACAAUGAGGAUCAGUAUAACAUACAUGAUUCAUUUGUCUCAUAUUGGAGCACUGAGGACUCGAAAGGAACGCCUGAUGAAAUGCCAGAUGCAAUACUCAGCUUGUUAUCCAACUUCAGCAAGACCGGUAAGCCAACCAGCUCUAGAAAAUUCUACAGUAGACCCCUUGAAAUACUGUCCUCCAAGUAUAAGAAUACCAGUCGGUUGGUGAUGAGCUCUUCAGGGGAAAUCCGGUACUAUCUGAAUCCGAAUACAUCAUCUCCAGACUGGUGGGCACCGCAAGAUCGAUGCAGUGUGUCAAAAGCUUGUGGGAAAUUCGGAAGUUGUAACACUAACAAUGCUUUGAUGUGCAAAUGUUUACCUGAUUUCAAACCCGUCUCGCCGGAUAUUUGGAAAACUGGAGAGUUUUCAAGUGGGUGUACCAGAAAGUCUCCCAUAUGCGAGAAGAAUUCCAGUGAAGACAUGUUCCUGAGCUUAAAGAUGAUGAAAGUGAGAAAGCGAGACUAUGUGAUUCCAGCAGAUCCGAAUGAUA